CAGGGCUGGGACCGGCGGGUGGAAAGGAGGCCGCGGCCGCCCGCGGCUGCAAGAGGGCGCCACUGCCCGCCGGAGCGCUCCGCGCGCCCCUUGGCUUUCCCCAGCAGCGGGGCCUGCCCAGCAUCCAGGUCUCUGCGGGAACCUCCAGAGUAAACGCGCCCGGGAUUGGCUUCUGUCAGAGAAGGGGGCCAUAUUGGAUCAGCUCAUCGCUGCUCUCACGCACCAUUUUAUCAGCCGCUCUGAUUCUUUCAUCGGCCUGGAUGCUCCCGCCCCACCCCCUCCCCGCCCAGGGCGGCUCCCCCCGCCCCUGCGGGCUGUAGACGCGUGAGGAGAAGGUGCCUCGAGGCAGGCGCCUCGCGCGCUCCUCCCAGCCCCACGCCGCCUCUCGCGCACACUCCUCCCCUCCUCACACCCCUCGCUCGCUCGCUCACUCCUCCCCGGCUCGCAGACCCGCUCUCCUCCCCCCUCCGGCCGAGGCACCGUGUCAGCCGGCGGAGGCGGCCCCGGCCGGGCGGCCAAUCAGCGAGUGGGUGACAAAUAUGCAAAUGUGCCCCCCCAGCCCGUCCCCUCGGGUUCGCUGGGGCUGGUGGGGUCGCGGCGCGGAGCUAGUGAAACUUCGCCAAUCGCCCUCCUGUUUCCCUGCCCGGGCGGGGGAAGAGCAAAUCACGCCGCGCCGCCUCCUCCCGCUCCUCCUCCCGGCCCUGUGCCAGCCACCCGAUUCUUCAAAGCUACAAAUACUCCAUCGUUGUCUUAAUAUCGGAGGCUGGUCAAGCAAGUGGUCUCUCUUGGCUUGAGGAGUGAGAAUCCUCUUUUUCUGGGUCUGAAUUAUUGACAGAAUCAGUUUGAGGAAGAAUUUGUGAUUGACAGCUAUGUUUCAGAUAACAAAACAUUUAAGCAAGCUGAUGUUUGCCACAGUUGGGAUCCCAGAAGCUUUUACUUCUCCCCUCACCCCUCCCCUUCCCUGCAGUGUGUUUGCACAUUUGGUGCCUCUUCUAGGCUCUGUGGGCUCCACUCCCCGCUAUGUCCAAUGGGGGAUUGGAGCAUGACUGUCGAAUCGCUAAUGAUAAUGAGCUACCUGUUUUGGGGUAGGCAUCACCCUGAGUUACUUGACCCUUCACAAAGGAUAUGCACUCUUAAUUCAUGGGAUAUUUGUACAGUUUAAGACAUACAUUUCUUCAGAAGCACUAAUGGAUGUUGACAUGUAUUGGAUAAGGUGGUGACCACUGGAAGUAAUCUGUUGCUGCUCACUGCAGAGAGGCUAAAUUGACUCCAUUUGGAGUUCAGAGACGAAGCAGUGUGGACGUAUCAAGAUGACUGAUCCUAUGAUGGAUUUUUUUGAUGAUGCCAACCUUUUUAGCGAGACGUUGGAAGGUUUGUCUGAUGAUGCUUUUGUACAACCUGGACCUGUUUCACUUGUUGAUGAAUUGAACUUGGGUGCAGAAUUUGAGCCUUUGCACAUAGACUCAUUGAACCAUGUGCAAGAUACUCAAACUCAACAAAAGAUGAGUGAAUUUGAGCAGUUAAAUCAGUAUGAUUCACUGAAACUUCAAGUCAAUCAGGCUUUCAGCAGCCCAGCUGACAGUGUUUUAUCGCCACGCUCUCAAUUUAAUUGCUCACCAAUCCAUCCACAAAACCAAUCCAACGGAAUGUUUCCUGAUGUGGCUGAUGGUAGUCCUAUGUGGGGUCAUCAAACUACCACAACUGUUCCAAAUCAAAAUGGGUCCCCUUUUCACCAAGGACAUUCUCAGUCUAUGCAGCAAACUAAAAGUUUUGUAGCACACCAUGACUUUGCCUUAUUUCAGGCCAACGAACAACAGCAUCAGUGUGCCUCACUACAGUCGCAGCAAAGCAGAAACAACAUUAACGCAGGGCAAGAUGCUCUGAAUCCGCCAACAAACUUUAUGGAGGUUAACGUAUCUGCUUCACGCAGAGUCAGUGUUACCCAUCCACCUCAAAUUGCUAAUCCAUCAACUUCACAGCAGCCUCUCUCUGUUCAACAGUUUUCUCAAAAUGCCAGUGCUUCAAUACAUUUUUGUGGGAAUCAAGAAGGAAACUUUGAUGGACAAUCGCCAACUAUGACUCCUUGCUCUAUUAAUAAUACACAGCAGUUUUCUUCUCCAUAUUCUUACUCUAAUAACCACAUUUCUCCUACCAGCCUUCUACAGUCUUCUACCGCUCUUUCUACUAGCCAACAAACACAUCCUUUAUCUGAUUAUACUGGAAGUGAUGCCUUUACAUCUCAAACAGGGUCCAAGCAAGAAACCACCGAGCACCUCUUGAAUCCUAACACACCUUUGAAUUCAAAUAGUUUCCAAAUGUUGCAUUCAGCACAUCCUCAGGGCAGCUUCAGUAGUUCAAAACUCUCUCCUGUGAACAUUAAUUUUCCAGCCUCUGCGGGUUCUGCUUCUCAGAUAAGCCAUUUCGGUGAUCCUAUAGAAAGCAAUGGUUUUUCAUCUUUGGAUGAGAACUUACUUCAUCAAGUUGAGUCUCAAGCUGAACCAUUUACAGGACUUGAUCCAGAGGACCUCCUUCAGGAAGACCUCCUACCCCAAUUUGAUGAUUCAGCAUUUGUUCAGGACACUUCAAGCCACAUAUUAGACCAUGACCUAAACCACCAUAUUACCCCACAGCAAAUAACACAGUCAUCUGAUAAUGCUCGGACACAGUCUCAAAGUCAGAUGCAUCCCUGGCAUUCUACAGUUUCUAAUCGGCAUCUACAAGACAGAAAUCGUAUAGUCUUGCAAGGGCAGGUAUGUAGCCCUUUUUUGGGAGGGUGUGGCGUAAUUGCUCCAGUGAACUUAAUCAUGUUGCCUCCCUCCUCCAAGAAGACUGAUGUUUCAGGGACAUAUACUAAAUUGCAGAAUACCCAGGUGAGGGCAAUGUCUGAAAAGAAACAGAAGAAAAAAAUAGAAUCGGAAAGUAAGCAGGAGAAGGCUAAUCGCAUAAUAUCGGAGGCAAUCGCAAAAGCAAAAGAGAGAGGGGAGAGAAACAUUCCACGAGUAAUGAGCCCUGAAAACUUCCCCAGUGUUUCGGCUGAAGGAAGAGAGGAAAAGAAAGGUAGAAAAAUUAAAUCCAAACCAAAGGACAAGGAGAGCAAAAAAACUAAAACUGGUUCCUCAUCCAAAAUUAAAGACAAAACAAAAAUUGGCAAGCUUAUAAUCACAUUGGGUAAAAAGCAGAAGAGAAAGAAUGAGUCUUCAGAUGAAAUGUCUGAUACUAAGCAGACUCCACAGCGGUCAUUUAAAGAUGAGGACUCUCAGAAGAGAAGAUCAAAUCGUCAGGUUAAAAGAAAAAAGUAUGCUGAAGAAGGAGAAGGAAAACAGUCAGAGGAAGAGGCUAAAGUUUCUGUGAAAAUCAAAAAGAGUUCUGCUCCUUUGCCUGCUGAGCAACCCUUACAGUUAUUUGUGGAGAACCCAAGUGAAGAAGAUGCAGCAAUUGUAGAUAAAAUUUUAUCCUCCAGGAUAGUGAAGAAAGAAAUAUCUGCUGGAAUGACAAUGGAAGAAGAAGAAUUUUUUGUAAAAUACAAGAACUACUCCUAUCUUCACUGUGAAUGGGCCACAGAACAGCAGCUUUUGAAAGAUAAAAGAAUCCAGCAGAAAAUUAAACGGUUCAAGCUGAGGCAAGCACAGAGAGCCCACUUUUUUGCAGAUAUGGAAGAAGAACCUUUUAAUCCUGACUAUGUUGAAGUGGACCGGGUGCUAGAAGUCUCCUUUUGUGAAGAUAAGGACACUGGUGAGCCUGUUAUUUACUACCUAGUAAAAUGGUGUUCAUUACCAUACGAAGACAGCACCUGGGAGUUAAAAGAAGAUGUAGAUCAGGCAAAAAUAGAAGAAUUUGAACAACUGCAAGCUUCCAGGCCUGACUCAAGGAGAUUGGACCGACCUCCUCCUAAUUCCUGGAAGAAGAUAGAACAGUCCAGAGAAUAUAAAAAUGGCAACCAGCUCAGGGAAUACCAACUGGAAGGACUCAACUGGCUCCUUUUCAACUGGUACAAUAGACGAAACUGCAUUUUAGCAGAUGAAAUGGGUCUUGGCAAAACCAUCCAGUCAAUUACAUUCCUCUAUGAAAUCCUCCUGACUGGUAUACGAGGGCCUUUCCUGAUCAUAGCUCCACUUUCCACUAUAACCAAUUGGGAAAGAGAAUUUCGCACAUGGACUGAUCUUAAUGUCGUGGUAUAUCAUGGGAGCAUGGUUAGCAGGCAGAUGAUACAGCAGUAUGAGAUGUACUUCAGGGACUCACAGGGACGUAUCAUUCGAGGUACUUACCGGUUCCAAGCUAUUAUCACCACUUUUGAAAUGAUUCUUGGUGGCUGUCCAGAACUCAAUGCAAUUGAAUGGCGGUGUGUUAUUAUUGAUGAAGCACACAGGCUGAAGAAUAAAAAUUGUAAACUCCUGGAGGGACUCAAACUCAUGAAUCUUGAGCACAAAGUGCUAUUGACAGGCACACCACUGCAGAACACAGUAGAAGAACUGUUUAGCCUCCUUCAUUUUCUUGAACCUUUGCGUUUUCCUGCUGAAUCUUCAUUCAUGCAGGAAUUUGGGGACCUUAAAACGGAGGAGCAGGUGCAAAAGUUACAGGCUAUCCUGAAACCAAUGAUGCUGAGACGGUUGAAGGAAGAUGUAGAGAAAAAGUUAGCUCCCAAGGAAGAAACUAUAAUUGAAGUAGAACUAACUAAUAUCCAGAAGAAAUAUUAUCGGGCAAUUUUGGAGAAGAACUUUGCAUUCUUGUCGAAAGGAGCUGGCCAAGCUAAUGUACCCAAUCUAGUUAACACUAUGAUGGAACUCAGAAAGUGCUGCAACCACCCCUAUCUUAUCAAAGGUGCUGAAGAGAAAAUCCUUGGGGAGUUUAGGGAAACACAUAUCCCAACUGCUCCUGAUUUUCAUCUACAAGCAAUGAUCCAGUCUGCUGGUAAAUUGGUCCUCAUUGAUAAACUUCUUCCAAAAAUGAAAGCAGGAGGCCAUAAGGUGCUUAUCUUCUCUCAAAUGGUGCGCUGUCUUGACAUCCUUGAGGACUACCUUAUACAUAAAAGGUACUUAUAUGAAAGAAUUGAUGGGAGAGUGAGAGGAAACCUGAGGCAAGCUGCUAUUGAUCGGUUUAGCAAACCAGACUCUGAUCGGUUUGUGUUUCUUCUCUGUACCAGAGCUGGUGGAUUGGGCAUUAAUUUGACUGCAGCUGAUACAUGUAUAAUUUUUGAUUCUGACUGGAAUCCUCAGAAUGAUCUCCAGGCCCAAGCCCGUUGUCACAGGAUUGGUCAGAACAAAGCAGUAAAGGUCUACAGAUUGAUAACUCGGAACUCAUAUGAGAGAGAGAUGUUUGACAGAGCAAGUCUGAAAUUGGGUCUGGAUAAAGCGGUUUUACAGAGCAUGAGUGGAAGAGAAAAUAGUGUUGGUGGUAUCCAACAGCUUUCCAAAAAAGAAAUAGAAGACCUGCUUCGAAGAGGUGCCUAUGGUGCUAUUAUGGAUGAAGAGGAUGAGGGCUCUAAAUUCUGUGAAGAAGACAUAGACCAAAUCUUGCAGCGCCGUACGAAAACUAUCACAAUUGAAUCAGAAGGAAGGGGUUCAACGUUUGCCAAGGCUAGUUUUGUUGCAUCCGGAAAUAGGACUGAUAUUUCAUUAGAUGAUCCCAACUUCUGGCAGAAAUGGGCCAAAAAAGCAGAAAUAGAUAUAGAUACCAUCAGUGGUAGAAACAGCCUGGUUAUUGAUACUCCAAGAAUUAGGAAGCAAACAAGACCCUUUAGUGCCACAAAAGAUGAGCUGGCUGAGUUAUCAGAAGCAGAGAGUGAAGGGGAUGAUAAACCAAAACUCCGCAGGCCCUGUGACCGCUCCAGUGGAUAUGGAAGAACAGAGUGCUUUCGAGUGGAGAAAAACUUAUUAGUCUAUGGGUGGGGUCGUUGGAGAGAGAUUUUAUCACACGGUCGCUUCAAGAGGCAACUAAAUGAACAGGAUGUAGAGAUAAUUUGCCGAGCACUCCUAGCAUAUUGCCUUGUUCACUACAGAGGAGAUGAAAAGAUAAAAAGUUUUAUAUGGGAUCUCAUCACCCCAACAGAGGAUGGGCAAACACGAGAGCUACAGAAUCACCUAGGUUUGUCGGCGCCUGUACCCAGGGGUAGAAAAGGAAAGAAAGUGAAGACUCAGGCUAGCACAUUUGAUAUACAUAAAGCAGAAUGGCUUCGAAAAUAUAAUCCGGAACAUCUACUGCAAGAUGAAGGAUAUAAAAAACACAUAAAGCAUCACUGCAAUAAGGUCUUGCUUCGAGUACGAAUGCUGUAUUACUUAAAACAAGAAGUCAUUGGUAAUGAAUGCCAAAAAGUGUUUGAUGGAGUUGAUGCCAGUGAAGUUGAUGUUUGGGUCCCUGAGCCAGAGCAUUCUGAGGUCCCUGCAGAAUGGUGGGAUGCAGAUGCAGAUAAAUCCCUCCUAAUUGGAGUUUUUAAGCAUGGCUAUGAAAAGUACAACACUAUUAGAGCGGAUCCUGCACUCUGUUUCUUGGAAAGGGUGGGCAAACCAGAUGAGAAAGCAGUCGCUGCUGAACAAAGAGCAAACGAUUACAUUGAUGGGGAUGUAGAAGAUCCAGAAUAUAAACCAGCCCCAGCAAUGUUUAAAGAUGAUAUGGAGGAUGAUGCUUCAUCGCCAGGAGAUCUAGUAAUAGCUGACGGAGAUGGUCAGAUGAUGGAAGGAGACAAAAUUUAUUGGCCCACUCAGUCUGCUUUAACAACACGUCUGCGCCGCCUAAUAACAGCCUACCAACGGACUAGUAAGAACAGGCAGGCCCAGCAAAUCCAACCAACGUUUCCAGUUCAGGCCACUGUGAUGCAGCCUCCAUAUGAAGAAGCUGCUCUAAAUCCAAAAAUGGCAGCCAAGAUUGAAAGGCAACAAAGAUGGACAAGAAGAGAAGAAGCUGAUUUUUACAGGGUUGUAUCCACAUUUGGAGUGGUGUUUGAUCCUGACGGGGGUCGAUUUGACUGGACAAAAUUUAGAGCCAUGGCUAGGCUUCAUAAGAAAACUGAUGAGAGUUUAGAGAAGUACUUGUAUGCAUUUAUGUCUAUGUGCAGGAGAGUCUGUCGCCUUCCCUCAAAAGAAGAACUUGUAGACCCAACCAUUUUUAUCCAACCAAUUACAGAGGAGCGUGCUUCUCGGACCUUAUAUCGCAUUGAACUCCUGAGGAAGGUACGAGAACAGGCCCUCCGACAUCCACAGCUGUUUGAACGCUUGAAACUUUGUCAGCCAAAUCCAGACUUGCCAGUCUGGUGGGAGUGUGGGACUCAUGACAGGGAUUUACUUAUUGGAGCUGCUAAACAUGGGGUUAGCAGAACAGACUAUCACAUUCUUCGUGAUCCUGAACUCUCGUUUAUGUCUGCCCAGAGGAAUUACAGUCAGAAUAAAGUGGCGCUAUCAAGGACUUCUACUCCACUUUUACAUCAGUAUCAGAUGGCAUUGUCUGCGUCUCCUCUUACACCUCAGUCAAGAUUGCCAGAUACUAAAGGGAAUGCUCUUGAGGAUACAAAAGUUAAAAAUGAAAACCUUAAAGAGGACCCUCAGUCAUCUGAAGAAGAAUCUAUGUCUACUGAGGAAACACGGACAAUGAUGAAAUCUGAACCUUUGAGCCCCAAAAAUGGCACGCCAUUACAGACUACAGACCACAAACCUGGUGUGAAGAGUGAAAAUGACAGGCGUAUGGUUGCAGCAAGGACAGAGCCCCUUACGCCAAACCCUGCUUCCAAAAAACAGAGAGUCAACAAAAGAGGGUCAGACUCUAGUUCUGAUUCUGACUCUGAUUCAGACAGAUCAUCCUGUUCUUCCAGGUCAUCUUCAUCUUCCUCUUCCUCUUCCUCUUCUUGUUCACAUUCCCGAUCAGGAUCCAGCUCUUCAUCCUCCUCCUCUUGUUCUUCAGCAUCCUCCUCCUCUUCAUCAUCAUCAUCUUCAUCAUCGUCGUCGUCAUCUUCGUCAUCUGAAGAGAGUGACAGUGAUGAUGAAGAGGCACAAAAGCGAGCAGAAGGAACCCCUCACAUCAAAGCAUAUGACGAAGAGAGCGUAGCCUCUCUGAGCACCACACAAGAUGAGACCCAGGACUGUUUCCAGUUGAACAACGGGAUGCCAAAUUCCAACUAUCUCUUGCAAGGUGGAUAUAUGUUGGCUGCAUCAUAUUGGCCAAAGGAUCGAGUUAUGAUUAACCGACUAGACAGUAUUUGUCAAACAGUGUUGAAAGGUAACUGGCCUUCAGCAAGAAGAAGUUAUGACAGCAAUACAGUAGCAUCUUUCUACACAACCAAACUUCUGGACAGCCCGGGUGCAGCUGCAGACUACAGUGAACCUAGUGCACCAACACCCCCACCUGCAGGUGUUAAGGAAGAACAUGAUCAAUCGCCACAGAUGCCAAAGGUGAAGAAGCAUGUACGAGAAAAGGAGUUUACAGUGAAAAUCAAUGACGAAGGUGGUUUGAAAUUGACUUUUCAGAAGCAGGGGUUUUCUCAGAAAAGGCUAUUUGAAAGUGAAGAAGGCAUGUUAGGACAGCAGCAAUACCUGGCUCGGCUACGUGAGCUCCAGAAUGCUUCAGAGACCAGCCUUGUCAAUUUUCCAAAAUCCUUACCAGAAUCAGGUGCUUCCAGUCAGUUAAAAGCUAAUGCUAAUGGACUGAUAGUCGACAGCCAACCUGUAGUCAAAAAGAGGAGAGGACGGAGGAAGAAUGUAGAAGGAGUUGACAUCCUCUUCAUAAAUAGAAAUAAACCACCUAAUCAUGUUAGUCCAGGCAUUAACACCUCGCAAGUUGCUCCAGUAAUAAACCCAACACUUCCUUAUGCUCAGUCCCAAGGUCUACUUGAUGCAGAAAGCCCAGUUCCUGUUAUUAACCUGAAAGAUGGAACAAGACUUGCAGGGGAUGAUGCACCAAAAAGGAAGGAUUUAGAAAAAUGGCUUAAGGAACAUCCUGGUUAUGUUGAAGAUUUGGGAGCUUUUAUUCCUAGAAUGCAGCUUCAUGAUGGGAGGCCCAAACAAAAAAGGCACCGUUGUCGAAACCCUAAUAAACUGGAUGUUAAUAGUCUCACUGGUGAAGAACGUGUUCAGCUGAUCAAUAGAAGAAAUGCUAGAAAGGUGGGAGGUGCUUUUGCUCCACCACUGAAGGACUUGUGCAGAUUCUUGAAAGAAAAUCCAGAGUAUGGAGUAGCUCCUGAAUGGGGAGAUGUUGUGAAACAGUCUGGAUUUCUUCCUGAAGGUAUGUUUGACCGUAUUCUCACUGGGCCUGUUGUACGAGAAGAAGUGAGCAGGAGGGGGAGACGGCCUAAAAGUGAGAUUGCCAAGGCAACAGCUGCAGCAGCAGCUGCAACAGCAGCAAAUGUUUCGGUCAACCCUUUGCUAGCCAAUGGAAUACUUCCAGGAGUGGAUCUAUCGACUCUUCAGGCCUUACAACAAAACCUGCAAAACUUGCAAUCACUGCAAGUAACAGCAGGAUUAAUGGGAAUGCCUGCUGGACUAACUACUGGAGGAGAAGCUAAGAAUAUGGCUGCCAUGUUCCCCAUGCUACUGUCAGGAAUGGCUGGAUUACCAAACUUGCUGGGUAUGGGAGGGCUCCUAACAAAGUCUACAGAAGCUGUUUCAGAGGAGAAAAAGGGAAAUGACUCAAAAGAGCCAGAUGUAAAGAAAGAAAGGACAGAAAACCAACAUGCUAAUAAUGGUGGUGAAGACUCUGUGUCAAGUUCUCCCUCUACGUCCUCUGCUGCUGCCAACCCCUUAGCUCUUAACCCGUUACUUUUGUCUAAUAUACUUUAUCCAGGGAUGCUUCUCACUCCAGGCCUUAAUCUUCAUAUCCCAGCAUUGUCCCAAUCCAAUAUUUUCGAUGUACAGAACACUGAAAACAAUGACACAGGCUCAGCCAAGCCUAUAGAGGAAAAGGAGGAAAAUUCUAGGAUUAGAGAUCAGGAAGACAAAGGGGGAACAGAGCCAAGUUCUCAUAAUGAAAACAGCACAGAUGAGGGUUCAGAGAAAGCAGAUGCUUCAUCUGGAUCUGACAGUACAUCAUCUUCAUCUGAGGAUUCAGAUUCUAGUGAUGAAGACUGACCCCAGACUAUGUACUUAAAUUAUGAACUCAUUUUGAAUUUAUUCUUUAAUUAUUUCAUUGUAAAUAACCCAGUGUUGAGCGCAUCAAAUGAUUUAUUGACUGAACUUUCAGUAUUUGUUUAGAAGUGCAAACUGCUUUCAGAGAUGUUUUGCAUGUAAUAUUUCUUGAAGUUCAUAAGUUUCUGAACUUGUAUGUACUAUCAAUACACAAUGGUGUAAAAUUACAACAAAUGGCAUAAUUUUGUUGGGAGGUUAUUUUAUGAAAAUAAUGCUCAGUAAGAGCUGUAUAUUUAAUAUAUUUGCAGUGAACACAGAAUAUUUUAGGCAUAUUAUUGAUUUAAUUUGAAUAUAGUUUUACAGCCUCCUUGACACUUAUAAUUUACAGAUCAAAACUCAGCAAUAAUUUGGGCAGCUAAUGAAUGUCAUGAAAGCUGUAGAAUCUACAUCACCAUCCAUUGCUUUAAUUACAUGAAAAUGCUGUAGUGUUGCGAUGCACUGCUGAUGUUUCCAAUUCAGGUACAAGUGUGUUUAGAAGGAGGAAAAAAGUUUCCCAAUCAGCCAGUUAAACUGGCUAUCUGUUACCUCAGCUGAGUUAGUUUAGGAAGUUUACAUUGGUUUCUAUACUUGUUUUCAGGUUUCGUUUUGUUUUUAAACACACCCUGUAUGAUAUCAUGUUCAUCUGGCAAGAGAUAAGACUGUUUGUUUUUUCUCAUCAGAAGCAUUCUCUUUGGUAACAGUAAAGGGAAGUUGGCACAAAAUACUCCUGUUGAGGAGUAGUAUCCCCAAAACUCAGAAAAGGCAAACUCUCAUGAAGUGCCACUGAAAAGACCUUUCAACACUGCAUACUUCAUGUAAAAAAAUGUUUGUUUGCUUUGUUUGUGUAGAUUUUUAUUUGUGUUUUAUGUAACAAAGCCUCCUGGGAUUACCAGAUAAUAACGGUAAAGAAUAAUAUUGAUAGUUUAAACUCAUUUUGAGUUUAGACUUCUCUACAGGUUUAAAUAUGACUAAUUGUUAUGACGAAAUGUUACCCAAAAUCAUUCUUGAGGAUUUAGUUUAUAUAUUAUGCUGAGUUGCCCAAUUUAAAAUUUAAAAAAGCACUUUGAAUAGUAAAGACAGAUAAGUUAUUCCUGGAAACAACAAUAACAGGGCAUAAGACAUCUGUUCAAAUCCAAAUCCUUAGAACCCUUUACUGUAUAAAAUCAGUCUAAUAUUUGAUGUGUGAUAUGAUUCCUCUUUCUGCUGAAGCUGCUAUUACUCUGACAUGGCCCAGAUUCACACUUACAUGUUUGAACUGAGAUUUCGAUUGACUUUAGUUAUCUCGUUUGUGGUCCAAGAAUAGAGAAGUGCUCAGAGAGAAUAGAUACAGGUACUAGUAGAAGUCAUUGAAAAAGCUUUUCAAAGGGAUAAAUUAAAAAAAAAUUGUAUAUUUUGAUAUAGUUCUGUUGCUUGCUUGUAUAGUAAACAAGACUUUGUUUUUUACCAAGAACUUUUCCAAUACAUUAUACGUUUCUAUGUGCAAAAUAAUUAACCCCAUGAUUAGAAGCAGUAUUACAUGUAAUUACACAAUUAUACAAGUCCCAUUUGGAUUGUGCUGGUUACUGUAUUUUCCCACAAUAGUAUUCUGAUUUUUGGCCUUUCAUACAGUGUCUUAGCAAUAGUAAAAAUUAAAACCUGCCAAGAGAAGGGUGUAGCAAUUCUUCAUCAUGAAGGGAUGUAUUGCAUAUUUAAUAUUUUUGACCUUUGUAAUAUAGCACUUUUGUUUAACUAGGAUGCGUCUAUGAAAUAGCCAAAGUUUUUCAAACACAGUUAUUAACUUAGUUUGCUGAUGGAGUAUUUCAACAACAUCUUUACCCCACAAAAGAAAUACUAAAUCUUGUGGCUAAAACCUAAUUUAUAUCAAAUUUAUUAAAUAAAGUAUUUUCCUAAUUAUGGUCAAGUGAGUUUGCUUACCGUUCUAGUGAUUCUCUUUCUAUGUAAUAAGGCAAUUACAGUUUAAAAUAAUUAAGGCUGAUAAAGACUUCAACAUAAUGUAUUGGAUUUAUUUUUAAUCAUUAUCAAUUGGAAGAGGAAAAAUGUGUCCCACUAUCAGCUAAACAAUAUGCAAGUAUGGUUGUAUAAAGUUAAGGGUUGUAAGGAAACUUCAGUAGAUUUACACUAAUACUGAGGUUACAGUUAAAAGGAUAUCCAAGGUGAUGAUAAAGUGUGUGUUGGUAGUUACUAAAAGAACUUUAGCUAUUACUGCCUUGUAUUUCUAUCCCUUGUUUCAGGCUUCAUGAUACAAGUCUUAGUCCAGUUUUUUUUUUGGACAUUUGCAAUAUUUGCCAGUUGUGUUCUGUGUAGUCUGAAUUUGCUUUCUGUAGUUGAACAAGCGUCUUAAAAAGUCAUUUGUAAUUUAUUGAAUUACUUUCUAUGAUGUUCUAUAGAGGAAAUGGAAGUUUAAUUAUUUUUUAUUAAACAUAUUCUUUGACUACCCAU